UGAUACUCGAUGCGCCAUAUUGAGAGGAUUUCACCUGCGGACUUCCCUCUCGAUGGUAUGGAGUCGAGGCUGUGUUUUGACCCGGUAGCGUGAUUGAGGAAAACCCUCGCCAUGCCAGGACAGUACUGCUGCGUCAACGGCUGUCUCAGCCGCUCACACAGUCGUUCACAGGGAAGGGUAAACAACGGAGUACGCUUUUUCGCCUUUCCUAAGUGGAAAAGACAUGAAGGGAAAGUGGUGGAGGAGGUAACGAAGAGACGCAGAAUAGCGUGGAUAGCUGCAGUGAGAAGGAAAGACAUAUGUUUUGACCACAUAACAGCAUCAAUGAAAGUGUGUUCUCGGCAUUUUCACUCAGGACAACCAGCAUAUGAAAUGUUGGAGUCUCAUCCUGACUGGAAGCCCUCUUUGCAUUUGGGCCACAGUGAAGUGAAAGCGACAGACAAAGAGAGGUUUGUUCGUUUGGUAAGAAGACGAGGGGUCACAACAUUGAAUAAAAUGGAGAACAGCACUCUUCAGGAAGUUAAGGUAAAAGCACAAGAAGAAGAGCAGGAGGUGACACCACACAUGAUUGAGGUGGUGGUAAAAGAAGAAGAGGAGGAGGUAGAGGUGACGCAUGAGGAAGAUGAUGUACCACAAACUCCUAAUGAGGAAAGCACAGAGGAGCCUUUGCUUGACUCAAGUGUGGAUGAAGAAAUUGUGAAGGAAAAUGGACACCUAAAAAAUGAACUUGCUGAAUUUAAAAUGACAGAACAGUUCUUGAAGGAUGACGAUGAGAAGGUGAAAUAUUACACUGGACUUCCAAGCUAUGCCACAUUUCAGGUCUUAUUGUCCAAUAUCAUGCCGUUUUUGCCUCAUGAAGAAAGUGAGUUGACUCAUUUUCAGAUGAUCCUGCUCACCUUCAUGCGUCUGAAGUUGGAUCUGCCGAUGGAACACAUCAGCCACCUACUUAAUGUCCACUUACAAACUGCUAGAGCAGCAUUUAAUAGCACAGUCAGAGUUUUACAUGCACGCUUGUCUCCGCUGGUACGCUGGCCAGACAGGGAGAGGUUGUGGGUCAGCAUGCCUCACCAGUUCAUGGAGGCAUUUGGAAAACACCUUGCUGUCAUCGUAGACUUCAUUGAAGUUUCUAUAGAAAAACCUUUCAGCCUUGAGACAAUGGCACAAAGACUUUCAAGCGAUGAGCGCGGUUGCACUAUGAAAUAUCUCAUUGGCAUCACUCCACAAGGAAUAAUUUCCUUCAUUUCCAAAGGGCUGGACGGGCGCACCAGUGAUAAAGAAAUAACAGAGAGCUGUGGUCUUCUGAACAAGCUUCUCCCAGGUGAUAUUAUUUUAGCAGGACAAGGGUUUGAUAUAGAGGAAAAUUUAGGAAUGAUGUGUGUUGAAGUGAAGUUGCCAGCAUUCACAAAGGGUGCCCAUCUGUUGGAUGCAAUGGAUGUGGAGAAAAUGAGAAAAAUAACACAUCUCAGAACUCAUGUGGAGAGAUUUAUUGGUGUUGUACGCAACACAUACAAAAUAUUGUCUUCAGACAUUCCCGUGAGUAUGGUUGAGCCUCGUAAGGGUGAAAAUGUGUCGUUCAUAGAAAAAGUUUUAACAGUUUGUUGUGCUUUGUCAAAUGUUUGUCCAAGUUCAGUGUUGUGUGCAGUUCCAGAAAUUGAUCAAUUAUGGCUGAAACAGCUUUAAUAAUUUCAGAUUUUGCAAUGGGUUUAUACUUCACAUGCAAAUGCAGUUUUUUGGGGGGUCCUGAAGCCAAAACAUUUACAGUGUGAAGAUUUUCACAGAUUCAGACUAUAAAUGGGGUGAACAGUGGUGUUUGGGAAGAGAAACUGCAGCCAGUUGAAGAAUAAAAGCAGUUAAUAGGCCCAAAUACUGUAUUUAUAUUUUUAACAAGCACAAAAUAAUAUUGCACAGUGGCUUCUCUUUAUACACAACUCAAAGGUCGCAGCUCAAAAAUAUGUUCUCAAUUUUAAGGGAAAGAGCAAGUGAAAAUUCUGUCAGCAGAAAAAAUGCCUUAAUUCAUGUCCAGUUGGUUGUAAUACAUGAUUUUCUUUCUAAAGCCACAAGUGUUUUUUAAGGAAUCUUCUUAUAGUCCUUUAGAGCAUAUAUAUUUAAUAAGCAUAAUGCUCACAAUAUUUUUAAUGGCUUGCUUUUGUUGCUUAUGAAUCGUAUUUAUUUCUGCUGAUAGCUA